GUUACGGGGAGGUCCCCUUUUAAUGUACCUGAGCUCACGCACGGGUUAAUGGUUGAGCACAAGCAUCAGGCCUUGUAGAUGACAAGUCACAACUCAACAUCAACACACACCGACUUGCAUUUCACCACACCCCAUAAGCCCUGCACACACACAUAUAUAUACACAGGCAUACAACGCGAAACAAUGUGCGUCUGAGAGCAUUACCUUCUCGAGCACCAAUCAAUAGCCACGCUAAUAACGGAACGCCAACGCAUCACCCAUGGAACCUACCAUCACCACCGACUUUGGGGACAUCAUCGCCACCAUCGGCUUCGGAAAGUUCCAAAAGUGGCUCAUCUUCUGGACGAGCCUCACGUGCCUCUUUGGGGACUUCCCCUCCUUCGUACAGGUCUUCUCGGGCUCCGCCGUGCCGCACAGCUGCCGGCCCGACAGCGCGGGUGUCACGGGCUCAGCGGGGCCCACGAACGCGACCCCGGAGCCUGUGUCCGUGACCCCGAGUGAUGGGCGCGGAGGCGAGCCGGUGAACCCGUGCGUGCGCGUCCUCGACGCGAGUCUCCUCCGCCCGUGGGAGCACGGCGGGGGGAAUGUCUCGAGCGGUGGUGCGUGGAGCACCCUCGCCGCCGCCGCUGCUGAUGGUGAUGAUGAGCUGGGAGCUUUUGGAAACUACAGCCAAGAGCCCUGCACCAACGGGUGGAUGUACGACACCAGCCAGUAUUCGUCGACCAUCGUCACCGAGUUUGAUCUGGUGUGCGAGCGGAGCUGGCUGAACGAGAUGUCGCAGGCGAUGUUCAUGCUGGGAUUUCUGCUUGGCUCGGCUGGUGGACCUCUCUCCGACAGGUACGGACGGAAGGGACUUAUUGUCGUGGCCAUGCUCUGGCAUUUUAUCUGCGGGCUCGGCAGCGCGUUCUCCCCGAACGUUGCCCUCUACAUCGUCUUCCGCUUCGGAGUGGGCCUCGGCAUGUCGUUCAUCCUCGGCAACCCCAUCGUGCUCAUCAUGGAGUGGUGCGGCACGUCCACGAGAACUCUGGCCGCCCUGGUCCCCCAGGCCUCGCGGGGCAUGGGGCAGGUGCUGCUCGCCACGCUGGCCUACUUCAUCCGCGACUGGCGAACGUUCCAGCUCGUCGUCACCAUCCCCCCCUUCGUGGCCUUCAUCGUCUACUUGUGCAUCGUUCCCGAGUCGGCGCGGUGGCUCUACAUGAGGGGGGACCACGAUCGCGCCAAGAAACUCAUCAUGGAAGCGGCCAAGCAGAAUGGCGUCAGCCUACCCACGCACAUGGUGGACACGCUGUCAAUCGAGAAGAAGAAGUCCUCGACGUCCGCGCUCGACCUCUUUAGAACGUUCCACAUGCGACGUCUCACCCUGACCAUCCUCUACCUCUGGUUGAUGGUGAGCAUGUCCUACUACAAACUGAGCCUCAGCUCCACGGGAUUUGGCCUCAGCAUCUACCUCACCCAGAUGAUCUUCGGCGUCACCGAAUCGCCGGCCCGCUUUUGCCUGCCGUGGUUUUUGGAGCGCUUCGGUCGCCGGCCGAGCAUGUUCACCGUCCAGUUGGUCGGGGGCCUGGCCUGCAUCAUCCUCGCGCUCAUCCCUGAUGACCUGCGAGUGGUCACCACGGUGAUGGCGGUCUUGGUGAAGACGUGCAUGGCGUGCGCUUUCUCCGUCCUCUUGGUCUACUCGACAGAGCUCUUCCCCACCACCCACCGACAAAACGGACUGGGGAUGUCGGCAAUGUCGGGCAGCCUGGGUGGAAUUCUGGCUCCCAUGGUGUCCCUUCUCGGCGCCUACCACCGCGUCAUCCCGCUCACGUUGGUGGGCGUCGGCGUGCUCGUCAGCUCGCUGCUCUGCCUGUGGCUGCCGGAGACCAGGAACGUCAAGCUGCCCGACGUUCUACCGACCAAAGCAGAGCUCGCGCACACGGCCAAGCUGAAGAAGGCAGGAGAGGCGCAGAACGGCGCGGCGAAGGGCAGCCUCAAGGUUUUCACGACGAGACUCUAAGUGGAGCGAGGGGCUACAGAGGGAGUGGUGUGCGGUGGAAGUCUACAAUGGUACCAUUGUUUUUAAAACGUGGACAUAACUGUCGGUCGGUUGAUGUUUACAGACUCAACAAUGCUUUGGCACCGUCUACUCUGAAAAUGUGCAAUUUUAACAAUUUGUCCAACGGACCUCACGAUUUUAAAUAAAACAAAAAUUACGCUUGAUGUCGAGAAGUCAUCUUUUUUCCCCCAAGUUUUGUUUUACCGACGCGGUUUAAUUUCUCUGCCCAAUUCUCGUACUGUUGGUAACACGUCAUCAGUGUCGUUUUUAUUUGGAAUUCCGGCACCUAUCAGAGCACCACCUUGCCAGGGUGUGGCCGUGGAAGAUGAUGAAACAGAACUACUUCUGAUUCACUUCAAGUCGGCCUUACAAACCACGCUAACGGCGAACCCUUUCACGCGCUGUGCCCUGCAGAGCACAUUCGUCACACCGUCAGAUCUGUAAUUUUUAGCCAAAUUAAAUCGACCAUCCGAGUUAAACACAUUUGUUUGCCGCGCGAAAAAUUGGAGACCACGCCGAGACCAUCGGCUCAAUUCACCCUCGGACCCAGUUUUGACCACGGGUGGAUGGAACCAGAUUCGAGGCAACGAGCCCAGUGCUGCUGGCUCCAGGGCUUGGACCGCUGA